GGCGAGCGCCGAGACGACACGCGGUCGGCGGUCGGCUGGCCCUCGCACCACACGCUCAGCGAGCCAGCACGUGGCCGACUGGCGCGCGGCGGCGGCGCUCUCUGGCCGCCCAUGCGCAGGCUCUGCAGGGACCACCGGGCACGCGGGAGGCGAGAGGCCUGAGCUCGGACCGACCAUGCUGCUGCUGCUGCUCCUCAUCGUCGGCGCCUGCGUCUCAGGUGUCCCGGGCCGCGCGUUCGUCAAGGACGUGGACAGCAGCGCCCGCUGCUCGCGUUGGGCCAGGAACCUCGCUCGCAACUGGCACGCCGAAACCUCGCCCUCUGAGCCCGACUUGAGCGGCACCUGGGUCUCGCAACGGUGCGAAGUGCGCUCGGGACCUGAGUUCGUCCUACGAAAGUACCACUUCUUCGACGACUCGAAGUUCCACAUGGUACAGUUCUUCUACCUGGACAACUCGUGCACGGUGCCGGCGUACGCACUGGACGGCUGGGGGCGGCUCGACCUGUCCAGCCUGUCGUGGGUGGUGCCCGGUGCGACCGAGGCCGAGGCUUCCCUGUCACAUCUCAACGUAAUCGCCUACACCGCCGAGGUGGCCGACCGGCUCAGCAGGGCAGUCAACAGGUCAUGCCCUGGAGAAGUUAAGCGGCCCUGGGAGACACACCUAAAGUAUCGCCUCGUCAGCUUUGUGGAAGGCCGAACUGCGGACAAGCCGCUUGUUGAAGACUUCGUUUGCACGGGAGGCCUACAGUUCACUCUCAACGAGCUGCAACUGAUCCGGGUCGUGCACCAAGGUCCUCUGCCGUACCGGCGUCAGUCCGAUACACCUGCAGCUGAGCUGUACCUGGGCGACAUCCACAGCGACGUGCGCAAGCGGCUCUCGUACCGGCCCACCUCGUACCAGCUGCCGCUGCUCGAAGCAAGCGCGGCCGGCUGCCACGUGUGCCACCUCGUGGCCAAGGGGGCGGAGCUGUCGCCGCCGCAGCUACCGCCCAAGCCCAAGCUGCCCGCGCACCUGAGCGGCGAGUGGAUCAGCCUACGCUGCGAAGUGCAGCCGCUGGGACUGUUCCUGGCGCGUCGGCUUCUGUUCCAGCCAGGGAACCAUUCGUGGAGCGGCUGGUUCCAAUACUACCGAGAUCCCAACUGCAAACAGCACUGGUUCCUGCUCAGCCGCCAGGGCACCUACGAGAUCGUGGGGCCUUCGCAGCUGCUCCGCGGCGCCACCAACGUGAACCUGCGCACGCUGUCGGCCCAGAUCACGCCUCAGCACCGCGGCAUCGUCACCAACCUCAAUUCGGCGGCGGACGAAGGCCGCUGCGGUUCCCGCUGGUCGCUGCGCCGGACGCAAGACGUGACGGUCACGGGCGGCUGCCACCUGCUGGGCGUAUCGGUGCCCAGCACGGCCUACGAGGUCGUGCACAACGAGAUCGACGCCAACUCGCUCCUCUUCCUGGGCCACGCCGACACGGACGGCGAGGUGUCGCGGCCCGACCGGCGCGCCACGGCCUACGAGGCCCCGCUGGUGCAGUGCCGCACACUGCCGGAGCCCAGCAACGAGCUGGCCGGCCGGCCGCUGGCGCUCAUCUCCGGAGGGGCCGCCGUCAAGCCGCUGCUUCUCGCGAUGCUCUUGCAGCUGGGCGCGGCGGCCGGCGCACAGGACUGACCGGCGGGCGGCCAUGCGACCGGCGGGGCGACGGACGUUUCUCGGGCGCGCGCGCUCCGCCGGCCCGAGUGGUGGCGAGGGAGCCCCCUGAACGAGGCCGUCGUUGGUGAAAGGACCGGAGGUGCAGACGGGUCGAAGGCUUUAUCCUCGCAUUGAGCACUGAGCCAGUACAAUGUUUGGAAUCGUAGAGCGACUCUCGGCCGCGCGACGAGUGCUCGCACCUCCGUGUUCCCGCCUGUCUCCACCGUGUCCCGUCGACGAGUAAAACACCCGCGCCAAAGGAAAAAAAAAAGAAACAGGGCAAACAGCAAAUGAGUACAGUUGUCAUGUGCUUGGAUGUCGUUCAUGGAUGCGAAUGCACUGCCACUUGAUGUCCGUAAUUUACUCUUACGAGCGCCGUACGUUCUUGCUGUGCUGAGGGCUUGGAUCGUGCCCGCUUGGCAGGUUCGCGUGGCCCUCCCAAAGUCACGCGCUUCCCCUCAGAGCACCGGCCCCUCCAGGAGUGCAGGAUGCGCGCGUGCUUCCGCUCUUGCUGUCCGCUAUGGGAGCAUGAAACCACGGCUGCAAAUCACCCACAGUUAAAGCUCGGUGCUCGAGACAUGUAUUAACACGUCACACAGUCUUCAACGAGAGAUUUGUGUCUAUACAUGCCUACUUUUAUUGACAAUCAUGAAACACAUUUUAGUAAACUAUGAAACAAAUUCAAUUAAACUUCUUUUAAAGGAAGAAAAAUUACGCAGUCAUUAUUUUACAACAUGAGGUUCCAUUGCACCUGGACGACAGAAAAAGAAAUCGCGCCAAUAAUAGCCAAAAUCGGAAACCAUGCGGUUGCUCAUGUCUUCAGAAAAGGAAAUUGUAUUUCGUUGAUCAAGUUAUCAGAGCGCGCUGCUCAUUCCUGUUAUUUGGAGAAAGAAGCACGUCGACGAGAAGAGACAUGAUGGUUUGAUGCCGAAAAAGUAUAAUCCUUAAUGCAUAUCUCAAUUCGAAUACAAUGUUGCACACUUGCAAGAAGAAAUGACCAAAUUGCUCCGCUUUUUAAGCAAGUCAUAUUUCGGUAACGAGCUAUCUGUAACCUGCAAGAUGCGUUUAAAUGCAAACGUGGCAACUUGCAGGGUAGAGCUCUGUAGCUACUUAACAGAAUAAGUGAAGACAGGUAUAGGUGGUCAACAAAUGGCACAAGAGUAGCAGCCUCAAGCGCGACCACAAGCUAAAGCUUGUCAGCUUACAAUGAGAUGACUCUCUGGUGUCCAGACGCCAUCCUUAAUGCGUGCAAACUUUCGUGUCUCCCACCUUGGAACAUACCAACGCCAUUGCCUCGUUGUUCACCUUACUCUUUUGCCAACCAUAAUUCCUUGCAGUCAUUUUCUAUCCAUUUGGAGCACCGUACUACUAUUGCGUGAGCCCAGACAGGUACCUUUCACUAAGAUCUUGAGCCACAGUACUUUAUUUUUUUAAGUUGGUGUAGUUAAAGCAAGGGAGCCGUUUAGCGUGGCUUUCUUCGCCAUUUUAUCACUUUCAACGGCACAAAGGCAAAAGAAUAAAAAGUAAACAUCGCGCGACAGCCAUUUCGCCCAGCAGUUGUGUGCAAGGUCCGUGCAGAACUGCUGCACUCUGAUAACACUCCGUUACGUUGGCUGAAAUUUAUAUGCAACCAAUGUAACACAAGCCUGACCAUUGGGAAGUCGUUUCAUCAUUUAGGAUAAAUGACUGGUGUUCCUCUUCUCCCAUGUGUGCAACCCUGUUCUCAGUGCACACGCCAGAGAUGCACAAACAAGGUGUUUCAAGUAACUAGAACCGAUCAUUUUAAAAAGAAAAUUGAUGCGUCGAAGACAAGUUUGACUAACGACCCACUGUUCGCAGCUCUCUUGAGUUACUCAGAAUAUUUCGAGAUCAAUUACGCACAUAUUUUUUUUUCGAUUUUGUACAAAAGCUGUAUUUGAGAAACUUAAAAGACCGCUUUCUGAAUCAUCCAAUAUAGUUGUUUUCAUGAAGUUAUCGUUUACAUAUUCUUUUUUUCUUUUUUUGUAUGCGAAGAAAAUCUGCGAUGUACCAAGGAGGGACUUCACAACAAGUUUGCAUGUCAUGAAUGUAAUGGUCUCAACAGUUUACUCUCAAGGAACAAAACGCGCAUGCAGACUCGAAGGAAAUGGUCGGUCCCAGCAUUCAGCGUACGCCAGAGAGCGAAGUUAGCAGCUUGGUUACGAACGAAAGCCUUCACGGUCGCAAGUAAAACGAUAUUGGUCGGCGCCGAAAGCGAAUCAAACACUUCUAUACUUUUGAGUUGCUGCGAACAUGUGUGCAAUCCAGGCGCGCAAAGACGUAGUGACGUCAUUUGUUAUUUUUUAUCCACAACAUAAUAUUAAAAAAUCUUAUUUAAUUGGCCUGAACCACAUUCAUCUAAUUAAGCGCGCUACAAUAAUUAUUCCGGAUAGCUCAAGACGACUACGAACAAUAUGGCAUUUGUCACACCUGCAUUUUUAUUUGUGCCAGUCAAUACUUUCAUUGCUUCACGGAAGCAGGCAGCCAGAGAUAGAAAAAAAAAUAAAGAAAAUGAAACUUGUGUUUAACAAAACGUUCAUAUGCGAGGUUUACUAGAAUAAAAAACUAAUCUUUUACACUAAGACACAUGAACCCACAAAGAUUACGAGCUCUGAUACUGCAACAUGCGGGAAACGUGAAUAGCUGCAACUCGCCAUGAGAGUGCACAUUUGUGGGAUGGCAUAGGUCGCAAGCGAAAUCCAAAACAUGGAAGACGUUAGAAACGUCCAGCAGCCAGCCGAUGAAACUAACACUGAACGGCCGUUAAGCGAACGUGAAAGCACGUCCUCGACUCCAGCAACGUUCAGCGUGCGAGCAUGUGAUAUCCGUAAACCUUGCCUUACACCAUUUAACUUUGCAGGGUUGCGGUAGCGAGCGCGGUUCUGCAUCUCCUGGUGCGUCCUCUUGUCAAGCACGAGUAUCAGGUGUACAUAUUUGACAGCCUUCGCUGCCAAUGAGCCGCGAACCUCUGAUUGCGAGCUACGCCGAUUCCGUCGGUCGAACGUAAGACGCCAAGCCCAAAGUAUACAUAGAACGUGCCCGCAGGAUGCUGGCCAGCUAGCCCCGUUUAUUUAGCCUGUACAAAAUGUAGUGGGCCAGUUCAACAUCGCGUCGUAUAGUCUACAGGUGCUUGGCACAUAUACGCCAGCCUGUCACGAACCCAGAGCCCACCUGCAGCUUAAGGUGCGUCUCGUGCCUAGAAGGCGUACGAAGAGCUUUCGUUCACGUGGGCGUUUCGAUGUCCAGCUCAAAGUAUACCGCUAGGAUCGCGAGCAACGUGCAUCAGCCUAGGGAAAUGCUUGUAUGUUGUGUGCGUAGAGAAUGUACUCAGUAGCAAAUCGACAACCUUCAUAUCAGUAGUGUGUAGCAAGCUUUGUAACAACUGCAGGCCAACGCGGUUGUAGUGAGUGUUAUGUUGUUUGGCUUGCUUGAGAGACAGACUGAGUGUGAAGAAAAUGCGAGCGAUUUGGCUGAUUUGGCGACAAGCUAUUAGGCGUGUGUUCGUGCGUCCUUUUGUGCCCAUGUGUUGACCCCCUUCGUAGGAAAGCUGUGUAAGGCCCAGCGAGGCCCGCUCUGCUGUGGGACGUAUUGUUUGCGUUGGGUCCGAAAUCUGUGCGCUCGCUCCUUGCAAAGCGGCAUCUUUGAGCACAGGGAGUUCGCACAGCGCGAACCUGCAGCCCUCUUCGUGUCUUUCCUUUUCUUUUAACACGAAAACCAGGUGCCCCUGUUUUCCUCUUGUUCAUGUUUCUUUUUUUUUUUUUUCGCUGACUCGAUAACCUUCCUGUGUAGUUAGAACGCUUGCUUUAUAGGGCCUUUUAGAAUGCAAUUGUUGCUAGCAUUUCGCUUGGACUUAAAGAACACUGUAUUUUGAAGCCUGACGAAACGUAUGACGAAAUUCAUACCUCUUUCGUCACCACUAUAUAUAUAUAUAUAUGUAUUUUUUUUUAGUCACUCAGCAAAGAUUGUAAGCACCUUGUUAUUCGUAUCAGUUGGUGCUGUGUUCCUGCUUUCUGUGUCACGACAUGCAUGACUUCAUUUUGUGCCCUCCAUCGCAAGUAUUUCGAAUGAAGCGGGACUGUGAGUUGUGCUAGUUGGCAAGCGUUCGUGUCGAGAAAACAAACUGCGCAACGGUUAACGAUUCGGACAGAAGGGGGACGAAGAAGCACGAUAACUAUCUGUGCCUCUUCUUGUUAGGCGUGGCAGUGUUUCUUUUCUUUUUUCACGAAGACAAAGAAUGUGAAAGACAUAAGAUGGACUCUCUGUUUGAAUGCUAACAUACAAGAGCGUUGCUCAUUAAAUGGCCCCUAAACCUCAUCAAGUAAAAUAUCUGUUAUUAACGUAGUUGCUAACGCCUGUUCAAUUAAAAUUCUCCCGAAUCUUUUUCUUCCCAUUGCAGAGUUACAGUCGUUCGCCGCAAUAAAACUGCACUGCGCUCAACAUCCGCGCCCUCCCGCUAACGUUCAUCCUAAGCUCGCCGUGCGCUUACAUUCGGAAAACUGCCGAAGAAAAAGAGGGAGAGAGAAAUAAUAAAAAAAAAGUUUAAUGUUUUUUUUUUUUCUUUCGCAGAGCUUCGACGCAAGCAGGAACCACGCGACUUCGGUCGCAGCUGUGCGUGACGGCAGCGUUUCUUGUAUUUUGCCAUUUCGUUUUGUUUCGUGGCGCGCCUUUCACUACGACGGUUUCGUGUGCUGUGCGUCCAUUCGCAGCGAACUUGAAGUUAAACGUCACGGCAUCAGCUCUGACAUCACCACUAGCGACCAAUGAGAUCGGCACCGCUGCUGGACAGCGCGCGCAAUCUAAUUUUUCAAUUUACGAGCACGCCGCCAUGCUUAGAGAACUGUAUAUGUGCUCCGCCGUCUGCUCUUCUUUCGUCCAAAAGCCCAGAAGUGUUAAGGGGUCCUUUAAUGUUUUCAUGAGCAGUCGACAUAUCCGUUAGUUUACAAAGUCCCUCGUAGUUCUUGAAGCGUUUACUAUACAAUGCUUCCUUCCUUUCUGAAAAACAAAAAUUCGUUAUUUGCAAGCCGGACGAGCAGUUUCCUGCCUGUAUACGGUUAAACAAGCAUAUAGUAGAAAUUAUAGUUUGGUAAGUUGUAAGCCGGCAUAAAGUAACGACGCUUCCCGCUCGAUUAUAUCUGAGUGCUAUCAUUCGACCGUAACCGCGGUUAAACUUAACCGUGGUUAACUCGCUCAACCGUGGUUAACGCGAACCGUAGUCCGCCAGAGUUACACGGGCUAUCCCGAUCACGGUUAAUGGUCUGAUGACGCGUCACGUGAUCUCUUGCGUACAGGCUUAAUUUUGAAUGAUUUUUCUUCGACAUUUGAUUACAGUGGUAUAAAGAUGAUUUUUUCAGCAAAGCAAUUGUCCUAUUUGAGAGUUUUAACGUGUAAGACUGCGUUUUGCACGUGUGGGUUAGUAUUUAGCCUAAUUUGGGGAAUAAUCUGCAAAGACUGGUCGCAGUCGGUCGUAGAGUUGGUUUUACGGCCGACAAAAUCCGCCAUUUUGAGUUUCCGAAACGUCGAUUACGCAAAACCGAGGUUGCCAAGCUCGGUUGGUGGUCAACUGUGGUUAGCGGCCUAACCGCAGUUUCGCCUGCCGUUAACGGCGGUUAAGGUCGCCCGUGUAACAGGUGUAUUAGCCGCUAGUGAGUGGCAGUGGUUAACCGUGUCGUGAGGCUUCGUUGCUUUUGCAGACAGAACUGGUGUCCCUAGAGUUGAUUAAUCAUGACUGCGAUGAGUGAGGUGCUAACAGAUUUGUAACUUUCUAUAUGCGUUCCUUCUGAUAUUUGCGACAGGCUUCUAUACAUCUAGAAUGACUCUUUCUUUUCUGACUGAAGAUAUUAUUAUUAUUAUUAUUAUUAUUAUUAUUAUUAUUAUUAUUAUUAUUAUUAUUGAUUACAUAUAUGUAUAGCAGUGCCUCUUAGGAGGAAGAGUGGCCACCGUGACAUAAAAGUCCCGGUUGCCCCUCUCAAUAUGCGUGAAUAGCGACGCCUGGUGUCCCCACUGACCCCAUCCCCCCCCCCCCCUUUUUAUUCUUAAUCCCGUACUUCGGUAGAAAAGGAGCGUUCAUAUCGAUACUGAUAAUCACCUAUGUUCCAGGCUUCAAGCUUGUGUCCGCCGGUGGUUCCCGAGGCAUCACGUAACUUAGCGUUGUCCGCACUCUCACAUUUAAGCUCGUCUGUGCUGCGGGUGGGCAGACAAGCGCUCAUCCGCACGUCUGUCCACGUCUGACCACGCUUGCACAUUUGGUGUCGUGUUUUGGGAAAGUGUGUCGUGACUUGUGUUGUCCAUGACUCGUUGGUCAGUCAUGCGCAUAUUCUGAGAAAAGUGUGUUGAUGUUGGUGGAGCGAUGUGACAUGUGUCGUGAACGUAAAAAGGAAGUUAUAGCAUAUUUACAGUUACGCUGUGCUUAGUAACAAAUGAGUUACAGGCUGAAUUAGCCUCAACCUAGAUUCGACAGCAGCUUGAAAAAUUGAAGCCUCUUUUACCAAGUAGGUCUCUGGCGUCAAAAGUCUGUAGUCUAUGUAAAGUUACGCACGUUUACCCGUGCAUUAUAAGUCGAAAGAGUCGGGGCUUAAACAAUUUGAGUUCUAUUAGAAGUUUUACUGAUCGCUAAGCUCCGUCUGAGUUGUACCAAGAACGAGCAGUGUCCAAAAGCAUCGCUAAAUGAAACAAUUCGUUAUCGCUACCUAGCAAAACGUUUACAACGCUCGUUCGUUUACAUGUCCAAAUGCACGUUUUCUCUAAUCUAAUUGGUGUCACGUUAUGUGAAUCACUUUCUGAUGUUCUUGAACAACAUUGGCCGCGGUUAAAAGGUAAAAAACCCGGGGCACUUCGCCGACCAAAUAAAGACUUAAAAGAAAACAAGACGUUUCGGCUCCCACACGGGAGCCUUGUUCACAUUGGCCGCUGCUUUAAAUCUGGAAACAACUAAGAUUAUAUACAGCAGUGCUUUCGUGAUCGUGUUAGCAGUCAUUAAGAGUAAUUGUGGAUUAAGGCUCUGGAAGCUUCGCUGCAUUGCAGCACCUCUCCUGGCUUCCAACCGCUGAUUUAUAUGUAAUCCUGCUAGCUCCGUAUUUCUGGCGACGAAAAGCAAAAAAAAAAAAAAAACAAAUAUGCUUCACUUUCUUUCCACAGCUUUAUUUUCAUUACGGCACACGCGCUUGAAGUAUAGCAACUUCAAAACGAGGCCCGAACAUCGCCUUGGUGCGUGUUAUCGUUCCCCUUAGCUGUCGUCUCGGUGUGUGUUCGUGCGUGUCCAAAAAUACUCGAGCUGUAGAUGUUACGUUUCCAAGGUGUGCGGCGUGUUGAAAUGCGGAGCCCCGAGAAGCGACAAACGGCAACCGCCCGACCACUUGCGUGCACACGAAGCUGGCUGUGGCGCCGUUCUUCGUGGCAGGCACAGCCGCUGCAACAGCAGAACGACGCGAUUCUCUGGUGCGCAGAUUCGCUGCGCGAGCAAUGUAAUUCAGUUAGCGAUCUGAACAGCGCUGCUUCUCGUCCCGUCGGCUGUGGCCGCUUGUCGCUUUUUUCGGGCUGCGCGUCCCGUAGUCGACAAACGUGUCUCGAGUCGUUGUGCCCAGUAGUCGCGUCGUGUAGUGUGUGUACGGUGUCAUAGGAUCAUCAUAGCCAGACGAUGUCCAUGAGAUCCACCUGCCUAAGCACAAAGCGGAGGAGCUGGUCCGGGUGCUCCAAACUUGCAGCUCCUCUGGCAGCACGGUACGCCCCGGCUGCGCAGAACAAUUCCGGUGUGUUGCACUUAGUUAUCUCUUAUACAUCAGCACCCAGUCGAGUCUUGUAGCGCGCCUCAAAACGUCAGUGCUUCUAUACUCCUGCUGCUGCCUCAACGGCAGGCCUCGUGGAACAACCAGCAGCACAAGGUUGACAACUUCACAGCGCAUGUAUAUGGCACCAUGUACUCUUCUGUGUAACGAAGCUUCCAUAAAGAGAGUUUUCCGAAAAGUGA